AUGGUCAACAACCAAACUCUCCGGCAAGAGCUUCAAGUCGCCGCCCAAAAUCACGAUCCAAUUGCGAUGGUGCAAGUCGUAAAAAUGCCAUUUAUGCCGAACACGAAGAAAGGAACGAGAACCCAAAAGCAUAAACAAGAUGCUAUGAUGGUUGGCGAGACGGACUAUGGUGGCUUGUUGGCAGCAUUGCUGGACGCCCAUUCGGCAGCAGAAGCGGGACAUGCAGAUGACUGGUAUGGGGGACAGUCUUCUGUUCAUUCAAAUUUCAAUCGAAUUUUUGGUUCUUCAGAAGGGAAUUGGCUAGUUCCAUCUUUGAUAUCUAUCUGCAAGAAUACUCACAGGAUAGCCCUUCUCGCCGAUCGCGGGGCAGAUGGCCCUAGACACCGCAAUACCAACUUGCAAAGUGCUGUGCAGUUGUUGCAAGAUAGUUAUAGCAAGACGUUUAAUGAUCGAACUGAGUAUCAACCAAGUGCGCCAUUUGACACCGAAGGGUCCAAAAAAGCUGGGGUUUUGGCAAUUGUCAAUGAAUUAUUUGGGAUGUACUUCAAACUCAACAUACUGAGACUAUGCAAAAACUUGAUACGACCAGUUGAGACAAGGAAGUUGAAUGAGACUGGAACUAUGGGGCAAAUGGUGACUUACAGAUACUACAUUGGGAGAUUGAAUAUGUUUGAAGAUCAGCACGCACUUGCAGAGAAAAACUUGGACUUUGCCUUUUUGCAUUGUCACCAGGGUUCCCCAAAGAACAAGAGAUGCAUUCUCAGGUACCUAAUUCCAAUCAAACUCUAUCGGGGUCGUUUACCAACGAUGUAUUUGCUUGAGAAAUAUGGGCUCGAGGAAUUCAAACCAUUGGUCGAUGGGCUCCAGAAAGGAGACCUGCGGGCAUUUCAGGAUGGCCUUGUGAGAUAUCAAGAUCGCUUUAUUCGUCAAGGAACCUAUCUAUUAUUGGAGAAGUGCAAAACAGUCUGCUAUCGAAAUCUCUUCAAACGUGUUCACAAUAUACUUGACAAGCACCAGAUAUCACUGAACCAUGUGGCUGCAGCCUUCAAAUGGCUUGGACUACCUAUUGAUCUUGAUGAAGUAGAGUGCAUUUUGGCCAAUCUUAUUUUUCGGGGCUAUGUUCGAGGUUAUCUUUCUCAUACCAAACGGGUUUUGGUACUGAGCAAAAGGGAUCCCUUUCCCAAAUCUGCAAUUAUCGCCCCGUAG